UUUUAUCACUCUCUUGUAUGAAGAUUUUGUCAUCAAACUACCAACAAUUUCCUACUUCUCAGCUUUCUUUUCAGGAGUUCUACCUAAAUCUUUCCACAUUUUCUUAUGGAAUCAACUCAGACAACCCUUCAUAGCUUUGAGUUUCAAGCUUUUCUACCCAUAAAAAAUCAACAGAUUACAACUUAUCAUUCUUCUUUUUCUACUGUUUCUGAUUCUGCUUCUCCUAUUUUAGGUGUUGUAAUUCUAAGUGUGAUGGGAACAGCUUUCUUGCUUUUGGGUUACUACAUUUUCAUCACCAAAUGCUGCUAUAACUGCCAUCAAUUUAGUUUCCUGAGAAGGUUUUCAAGUUUUCAUACCCCUCAACAACAUGAAGAUCCUUUCAUAGCUCUCUCCCCAACAACAAUGUGGAAUCGCGGCCUUGAAGAGUCUAUGAUUCGCCAAAUCCCGGCUUUUCGAUUUGAAAGAGAUGGAGAACAUAGCGGUAUCUAUGGCUGUGUUGUUUGUUUAAGCGAGUUUCAAGAGAAUGAAAUGCUAAGGGCUUUGCCUAAAUGCAGCCACACAUUUCAUUUGGACUGCAUUGAUAUCUGGCUGCAAAGCAACUCUAAUUGCCCUCUUUGUAGAACAAGCAUUUCAGGUAUAACAAAGCCUCCAAUUCAUCAAAUUGUAGCUCCAAGUUCUUCUCCUCAAAACUCACAACUUCUCUCCAACAGCUUAAUGGGAAGUGAUGAAGAUUUUGUAGUUAUUGAACUUGGUAGUGAAGAUGAAGUAGUUUUCUCAGAAGGUCAACAAGAGGGUAAUGCUUCAAGAGAUGUACCAGUUCAACAGACUCCGAAAAAGACCGAGAACAAGAUCGGGAAACCCAAAACUCGAAAAUGUCACCAUGUCUCGAUCAUGGGAGACGAGGGUAUCGAUGUUAGAGAAAAAGAUGAUCAAUUUUUCACUCAACCUAUCAGAAGAUCCUUUUCCAUGGAUUCUGCAGCUGACCAGCAGCUUUACUUAACUGUUCAAAUGAUAAUCCAUCAAGGUAGACAAAUCACCGAGUCUAGUAGUAGUAGUAGUAGUAGUGCAGAGAGUGACAGCAGAAACCGAAGAUCUUUCUUCCCAUUCCGGUCGGGCCGUGGAUGCAAAAAUGCAAUUCUUCCACUUGAAUCUGAUAUGUAAAUAUUGUAAGGAUUGAUUCAUUUAUUCAGAUUUACUCUCUGUUUGCUUUUGAUUUUAGAAGUCAGUGAAAAAGUUUAUAGGUGAAUCAGGUAUUACACACAAAACAGAUGUUGUUUACUUGUAAGUUCUUGUUAUGAAACUUCACUCAUCAUGGAAAAGAGAUGGAAAAAUGGAGCUUGUUGAAACUUUGGCAUGCUACGGCAAAUCAUUGCUUAAACCACUAACCGUUGCUUAGUCUCUCUUUCUUUUCUAAGUCAUCAUCAGUGAGAAUCAUUGCUUGUCUUCUUUCUUUUGGAUCUUGGUU